AUGGGUAGUAUGGCAACAGAGAUCGUUGCUUUUCUUCUUACCAUUUCCGGAUGGAUUCUGGUGUCCUCAACACUCCCCACCGACUACUGGAAAGUGUCGUCUGUAGAUGGAACGGUCAUCACAACGGCCACCUUUUGGUCCAAUCUGUGGAAGACAUGUGUCACAGACUCAACCGGAGUCUCCAACUGCAAGGACUUUCCUUCAAUGCUCGCACUGGAUGCUUAUAUCCAAGUGUGUCGUGGCCUGAUGAUCUCAGCUGUAUGUUUGGGCUUUUUUGGAGCCAGCCUGGCACUAGUGGGCAUGAAGUGCACCAGAAUAGGAGGAUCAGAGACCACCAAAGCCCGCAUCACCUGUCUGUGUGGACUACACUUUAUUCUGAGUGGAAUCUGCUCUAUUACUGCCUGUUCCCUCUAUGCACACCGGAUCACAUCAGAGUUUUUUGACCCCUUAUUUGUGAAACAGAAAUUUGAACUUGGCGCGGCUCUGUUCAUCGGCUGGGCAGGAUCUGUGCUGAGUAUUCUAGGAGGAUUAAUCUUUUGUUUUUCCAUGACGGAGGGAUUCAGCAUCAGGGAAUACUCCUACAAUGGUGCCACAUCUGUCAUAUCAACAAGAACCAAGAUCACAAAGACAAACAAAAGCACCAAGUCUCAAAAAGACCCCUCAGAUCAGAUGUUCUCUGGCAGACGGUUUGGCAGGAACGCAUAUGUCUGA